AUGGUGAAUUGUUGUGGCUUGUCUAGUCAGAAUAGAAUCAAAGGAUUUUGGUUGAUCAUACACCACCUUGAGGCAGGCUGCUUCGCUAUUGCUGUAGACCUGCAUAUGUUGCCUUACCCAUCAGGCAUCAGCUCGCUUGCGGCGGCUAUCCCGUUGCGGCGGCACGACAACCAGCCAGAGGGCCGGAAAGCCCAUCGCUUCAUCCCAUCAUCCGCAUUACGAACGAUCACCUUCUGCGACCCGCGUUUCCAGGGCUUCGAUUUCUCCCUGGCCCUGGCCCUGACCAAAUCUACCUCUUCCUCCGCGGGUCUCCCUGCGCCCCGGCCUCGUCUCCGAGCGAACACGUCGUGA